AUGAGGUGGUCUCCCUUCGCUCUGGUCGCGCUGCUCAAGCAGUCGCAGGCCGCGCUUCGCUUUGGAUGCGGUACUGUUACUAUUCAAAGGCUCGACCCUGUGGUACAAUCGAACGUGUCGCCUUCAGCACAUCUGCACCAGGUCGUUGGCGGCAAUGCAUUCAGCCCCAACAUGACCGGCGACAUCGGCAACCAGGGUACCUGCACGACGUGCACCUUCAGCGAAGACUUCAGCAACUACUGGACCGCAGUGCUGUUUUUCAAGCACACAAACGGUAGCUACAAGCGCGUCAAGAUCAUGGAGAACGACGCUCUGCCCGCGGGUAUCAAUGGCGGCAUGACCAUUUACUACACCCAACAGGACUUCAAUUCCAACGGAAACAAGAAGAUCACUGCGUUCCCGCCCGGAUUCCGCAUGACUGUCGGUAGCCCCACGCAAGGCAAAGACGGCCUAACAAAGCACAAAGGCCUCCGCUUCACCUGCCUCGACACAAAGUCGACUCGCUUCCCCGAAAUUGACGACUUUCCCAAGAAGCCUUGCAAGGGCGGUCUGAUGACAGAGCACCAUUUCCCAAGUUGUUGGGAUGGAAAGAACCUUGAUUCUCCUGACCAUCAGGCGCACAUGUACGACACCCAACCCACAGGCUUUGCUGCAGGGGGUGCGUGCCCCUCGAGCCAUCCAGUGAGAGUGCCGCAGCUUGCGUAUGAGACGCUCUGGGAUACCGCCGAGUUCAAAGAUAUGUGGCCGAAAGACGGCUCCAAUCCCUUCGUCUUCAGCUAUGGCGACCAAGAAGGCCACGCAUACGGCACACACGCCGAUUACAUGUUCGGCUGGAAAGGUGAUGCGCUCCAGCGCGCCAUGGACAGCAGCUGCAUGUUCAACGCGUGUGAGAACGGCAAGCCACUCAAGAGCCAGAGCGUGGCGCAGAUGAACGCCUGCAAGGCGAAGGAGUUUGUGAAUGAGGACCAUGAGGGGUGGUUGAAGGCUUUGCCGGGUAUGACUGCUUAG